AUGAGUUCCAAUCCAGGAAUGACUCCGGACCAAAUCGCCCUCAUUAAGGCGACGGUGCCGGUUCUCGUGGAACAUGGCAACACCAUCACGACUGUCUUCUAUCGCAACAUGCUCGAAGCCCACCCGGAGUUGAACACCGUGUUCAACACUUCCAACCAGAUCAAUGGCCACCAGCCUCGUGCAUUGGCUGGUGCGCUCUACGCAUAUGCCUCGCAUAUCGACGACCUGGGUGCACUAAGCUCAGCGGUCGAGUUGAUCUGCAACAAGCAUGCAUCUUUGUACAUCAAGCCUGACCAUUACAAGAUCGUUGGCAAAUACCUCCUCGAAGCCAUGGGCCAGGUCCUGGGCGCAGCUUUGACCCCAGAUAUCCACGACGCAUGGGCCGCAGCCUACUGGCAGCUCGCAGAUAUCAUGAUCGGCCGCGAAAAGCAGCUUUACGAACACGCCGAGGGCUGGACUGACUGGAGAGAUUUCAAGAUUGUGAAUAAGGUCAAGGAAUCCGAGGAGAUCACAUCGUUUUAUCUCGCCCCCGUUGAUGAAAAGCCCCUGCCGGCCUUCCAGCCCGGCCAGUACAUUUCCGUCCAGACCUACGUCCCAGCUCUCAAGUACCCGCAGGCCAGACAGUAUUCUCUCAGCGACCAGCCGAAGCCGGACUACUAUCGCAUCAGUGUGAAGAGAGAAUUGGGUCUCAACCCAACGGACCCAGGUGCCGCCACCCACCCAGGAACCAUCUCGAACGUGCUCCACGAUACAUUCAACAUUGGCGACACGCUUAAAGUUUCCCACCCAUACGGCGACUUUUUCCUUUCCCCUGCCGACUCAGAAACAGGGAAUCCGAUCGUGUUGCUCUGUGCUGGUGUGGGCCUAACGCCACUGACGUCGAUGUUGAACACUUUGAUUUCCAAUUCAUCCGCAACGCGCAAACUGCAUUUCAUUCAUGGCGCACGUUCGUCGGGCGCGCGUGCUUUCAAAGAGCACAUCUCGGAGCUUCCAAAGAAAUUCCCCUCCAUUCAGACAACGUUCUUCACCAGCCACCCCGCUGAGGGAGAGAAGGAAGGCGUAGACUAUGAUCAUGUCGGGCGCGUGGACUUGAACAAGUUGUCGGAUCAGGAUUUGUUCCUUGAUGAUGCCAAGACUGACUACUAUAUUUGUGGACCCGGAAGGUUCAUGACAGACAUGGAGUCGGGUCUCAAAGUCAAGGGCGUGGGUGCCGAUCGCAUCAAGAUGGAAUUAUUCGGAACUGGCGGUGUUCCUCAUUGA